AUGGGCAUCCGCUGUAUUGCUGUCUGCCUCAUGCAUAGCUACACCUUCCCUGAUCAUGAACCCCUAGUGGGAGAGAUAGCUCGCGAAAUCGGCUUUGACCAUGUCAGCCUCAGUCAUGAGCUUAUGCCAAUGAUCAAACUUGUUCCAAGAGCAACAUCUGCUUGCGCCGAUGCAUACCUUACUUCCACCAUUAAAAAGUACAUAGCAGGGUUUCAAACUGGAUUCGAAGGCGAGUUAGGAGCUGAAUCUGUUCAGAGAGGGGACAGUAAAAAGGGGCGCGAUGUGAAUUCAUGUAAUCCGAUGGCGGGCUUGUCGAUUCCUGCAGGAGGCGUCGUCGGAUAUGCGCUCACAUCCUAUGAUCCUGAAACUAAAAUACCUGUUAUUUGCUUUGGUAUGGGCGGUACGAGCACUGAUGUUAGUCGCUAUGAUGAGGUCGCAUAUGGCUUCAUCAAAAUCGCCAAUGAGACAAUGACGAGACCAAUCCGUUCUCUCACGGAGGCCAAAGGUCAUGACACGUCUAAACACAGGCUUGCUACAUUCGGAGGUUGGGGCGGCCAGCACGCAGUAGCCAUCGCUGAGAGUUUGGGUAUUCGCCAGAUUCUUGUCCAUCGAUACUCUUCCGUUCUUUCUGCAUAUGGAAUGGCUUUGGCCGAUGUUGUUGAUGAAAGUCAGGAGCCUGAAUUGAAGGUUUGGUUUGAAGGCAAUGUCCAGCAAGAACUGAAAUCGAAAAUAAGUGAGCUCAAGGAGAUGUCUGCAAGAAAACUUCGGGCUCAAGGUUUCGACGACAAAUCAAUUGUAUUUGAAGAGUAUUUAAAUAUGAGAUACAGGGGAACAGAAUCCGCCCUUAUGGUUAUAAAACCCACUCCUGAAGAGGCUCGCGAUACUUACAACGGUGAUGACUGGGCUUUCGGGAAAGCGUUCGUCAAACAACACGAACGUGAAUUCGGGUUUACUCUUCCUGACAGGGAUAUUAUAGUUGACGAUUUGCGUGUGCGAGGAAUUGGCAGAAGCUUUGAAGGAUUGAGAAAAACAGUGGACCAACAGCUGAGAGAGGCAAAGCCAAGAGAUGUCUCCAGCAACAAGCUAUAUCGGACAUCAGAGGGUCCCGCAAUCCUGGCUGACGACACUCAAACUCUAGUCGUGACGCCAGGAGCCUCUGCCCUCGUUACAGAAACUCACGUCGUGAUAAAUGUCGGCGAUGCCGAAAUCCAGAACGUAAAGGCAGAUACCGGCGAAGUAGACCCCAUUAUGCUCAGCAUAUUCGCUCACCGUUUCAUGGCAAUUGCGGAACAAAUGGGGAGCGCAUUGCAAAAGACAAGUGGCAGCACAAAUGUCAAGGAACGGCUCGAUUACUCGUGCGCUCUUUUCGAUCCCGACCGACGGUGGACUGGUCGCAAACGCUCCGCAUCUUCCAGUCCAUUUGGGAAGCAUGUCAACUUGUGUACGGACUCACGAGCUCGUAUAUGGAAAGGCAAACUGAAACCUGGCAACGUAAUCGUUUCCAGUCGUCCAGAAUUUGGAGGAACCCACCUUCCUGAUAUUACUGUUAUAACUCCGGCCUUUAGCAAAGGCGCAAUAAUCUUUUACGUGGCUUCUCGCUCCCAUCACCUCUCCGAGAGAGAGUUCAACGAGAAAUGCAUCACAGAAUUGCUAUACCACGAACCGGCCAAAUACCCUGGUUGUAGUAGAACAAGGUGUCUGGCAGACAAUUUAAACGACCUGAAAGCACAGAUCGCAGCCAACCAAAAGGCUAUAAAUCUUAUAUCUUCGUUAAUCGAGGAAUAUGGACAAAAUGUGGUGCAAUUCUAUAUGCUGAAAAUCCAGCAAAACGCUGAGUCAAGUGUGGGGAAUCUCCUAAAGAACGUCAGCAAAAGAUUCGCCGGUCAAGGUCUGAGUGCCGUCGAUUUUAUGGAUGACAGCAGCCCCAUUAAGCUUACGAUAUUAAUCGAUGGCGAAAAUGGUGAAGCAGUUUUUGAUUUCACUGGCACCGGGCCUGAAGUCUAUGGUGAGCUUCUUUCAAAAACUAGUCCAAUUAUCAAACUAACAUAUAUCCAAGAAAACAUCAAUGCCCCGGAGGCUGUUACCUACUCAGCGAUAAUCUACUGCUUGAGAUGUUUGAUAUCUCUAAAUCAGGGAUGCUUAAAGCCAGUAGAUGUCCGAAUUCCGAAAAAUUCCUUUCCAUUACCAUCUGACAGAGCAGCUGUCGUCGACGGUAACGUGCUUACGAGUCAGCGGGUAAUUGAUAUCAUCCUUGAAUGCUUCCGAACUUGUGCUGCUUCUCGAGACGACACAAACAAUUUAACUUUUGGCAUUGGCGGGAAUAUUUCUGGCGAGGCAGAAACCAGAGGUUUCGGCUACUAUGAAACGAUCGCCGGGGGUAGCGAUGCUGGCCCAAAAUGGCAGGGAACAUCUGGAGUACAUACGCACAUGACCAACGCUCGGAUUCCCGACGCUGAGGUUUUUGAACGCCGAUAUCCAGUUUUGCUUCGAGAAUUUAGCAUAAGGAAAGGAUCGGGAGGUAACGGCCAACACCGUGGCGGAGACGGUGUCAUCAGGGAUAUAGAGUUUCAAAUCCCAGUACAAGUUUCCAUUCUUUCGGAACGCAGGGUGUAUCGACCAUAUGGUCUCGAAUGCGGCGAAGAUGCCCAAUGUGGACAAAAUUUCUGGAUACGAAAAAUCCCAAAGAAGGAGGGCGAUGGAAAUGGCUGGGAAGAGCGCUGUAUUAAUUUAGGGGGCAAAAAUACCGUUAGUAUGCGGCCAGGAGAACGCAUCAUAGUGAUGACACCUGGAGGUGGUGGAUGGGGUGCUGUCGGAGAACAAAAUAAAGCUCGAAAAGAGCUAGACGCUCGCCAUGCCUGGCGAGGGGGGUCUUUGGCAAGCCGCAUAUCGACAUAG